GAAACUUCGCAAGAAGAUGAAGAGUUUAGACCAUACAGAGGCAGACGGCUCUUCUUCCCCGUCGGCAACACAACACACACAAUGUCGUCCACCCCCCCGAAGCCAACCACCAUCCCCAAUGGCAUCAAAUUCCUCUUCGGCGGCCUGGCAGGCAUGGGUGCCACCUGCUUCGUCCAGCCACUUGAUCUCGUCAAGAACAGAAUGCAGGUCGCUACGAGUAAAGAGCACAAAACGAGCCUUCAUGUGUUGCGACACGUCAUCAAAUCCGAGGGAGUGACAGCUCUCUAUUCUGGUUUGUCUGCCGGCUUACUGCGCCAAGCUACCUACACCACAACUCGCCUUGGUAUAUACACGUGGCUCUUUGAGAAGGCUUCGGGUCCCAAUGGGGAGCCUCCAAGUUUCCUUGUCAAAGCAGGCUUGGGAAUGGCUGCAGGUGUAGUUGGCUCAUUUGUUGGUACCCCUGCUGAGGUGUCCUUGAUCCGAAUGACGUCAGAUGGCCGACUCCCUCCCGCCGAGAGACGAAACUACAAAAAUGUAGUUGACGCGUUGGUUCGCAUGACGCGUGAAGAGGGUCUCUUCACCCUCUGGAGAGGGGCCAUCCCUACGAUGGGCCGUGCUAUGGUUGUCAACGCAGCCCAGCUGGCUUCUUAUUCACAAGCAAAACAGGCACUUAUAGGCACAGGUUACUUCAGGGACAAUAUAUUCCUUCAUUUUUGUGCCUCCAUGAUCUCAGGGUUAGUGACUACGGCUGCAUCCAUGCCUGUUGACAUUGCUAAGACAAGAAUCCAGAACAUGAAAAUUAUCGAUGGGAAACCAGAGUACAAAGGGGCCGUGGACGUACUUACCAAGGUCAUUCGAAACGAAGGCUUCUUUUCCCUCUGGAAAGGUUUCACCCCGUACUACAUGCGGCUGGGCCCUCACACUGUCUUGACGUUCAUAUUCCUCGAGCAAUUGAAUAUCACAUAUAAGAAGGUCAUUUUGGGAGAUGCCUCUGCAAAGGGAGGUGGUCUCUAAGUUGGUUGGUGUAGUAGGUAGGGUGCUAAUGAUGACAACCAUUAAACUGGACCUUUUUAAUUACACAUUGUGGGUUGUGGUGGAAGACAGGUACUAUGCUGUUUUUUUUUUUUAACAUGGGGCCAUAUUCUCCUCAGCAGGAUCUCUUUGACAUAAAAUGAGAAGAGUGGGAUGAUGUUCUGGUUUUAUAUUUUUAAGAUGUAGCUGUUAUUACCAGUGACAUGGUUCCCCUUAGGUUAGGGGUACCAUGCUGGGCAUUAUUGAAUCCAUUGCAGAUUUUUAAUGCUGGGUCAUCAUUGUAGAAAUGAAAAUAAACAGGAAACCUGCAUGCAUCUUAAAAGGGAUCAGGGACACCACUGAAGUUUAGGCAUUGUACGAGAUGAUUGCUUUUUUAGAAACUGUGUGUUUACACUGCAAGGCUUAUCAAUUUUAAAUGACAAAGAGGCAUAGUUUUUCACAGUUCUCGUAUUUUGCCAGUGGAAAUCUUUUCAGAGGGCAGAGUAUUUUUUAAAUCCCUUUUUAAAUUUUCAUAAGUCAGCUUGUCACUAGAAGGGUUGUCUUGAAAUGUUUGAAAGAGGUCCAGGUUUUUAAAUUUUGCCUUUUUUUUAACUUUCAUUUUGAGCUGUAGUGGUAAUUGUGUCUUGCUCAAUUGUAUGAGUAGUCCACCUCCCAACAAACUUCAGUUCAGCAUUUUUUAAAUUUUGCUUGGAUUUUGUUGAUUUUGUCUAAAGUUCCUCUUGAAGAUACUUAAACAUUAUGUACUCUUAACUAGUUCCUUAAUGCAUUCAGUUGCAUUUACCAUGCAUUUAUUUUCUUUAAUUUCUCAAACUCUUGUCUUCCUUUCUCAAUGCCUAAUUAGCACUUUUACGAGCGACUACACAUUUUGUGCGCUGUAAUGUACAGUGUUAUUGCAAUGUUGUGUUUUAAUGUAACAUUUCACAACAGCAUUGUUGUUCUUGCGAGUUAUACAGACUCAAUCAUAAGAGAAAACAGUCCAUUUUCAUCAAAUGCUUGUGACAAUUUUAUUGUAAUGAGAGACUUGCUGACUAACACCCUGACUAACUCACCAACUCCCCUGGUUAGGUCUUCAGUUUGGAAGGUUUCAAGAAAAUUAGACCAACGCACGUUGUUAAAGAAGACAAGGCAAUCGUUUAUGGUGCAGUUUUAGUGCAUUUCUUUGUUAACGUUGUACAACUAACACAUCAUAUUGCUAGAGGUACUAUUUAAAAAAAGUUCCCGAAAGGGACGAGUCCACUUAUGUGUUCUUUUGGUUGUUCAAAAGAAUGUUUGAUUCGCUUACUAACACUGUAUACUCCACAAGCAGUUGAUGGUACUUAAAUGAACAGUCUUUAACAUUCUUACGUGGUAUGGCAAGGUAAUACUACUGUACCCUGCUGAAUUAAUCAUUUCUUUGCUGAUGUGCAAAGAGAAAGAAAAAACAAAAAAAGACUUGUGAUAUGUAUGAUAUUGGCAAUUAAUAUAGUAAAGUCAUUGCUUAUUUUAAGUUACUGGUAGUUAUCUGUUUUUCCAGUCUUCUUCCUAUGCUGUAGGCAAGUUGAUAAUGUUGAUUACAACUUUUGUUAGUAUCUGCUAAGGAUUUUAUUGAAUAUUCAAGAAUAUUGGUUUGUCUUAGUUGUUGAAUCAAAGUGUGAUUUCAGCUAGUCUAGUUAAAGCAUCCAGCUGCCAUAGUUUUUUUUAAGAAAGCCAAGAAAGGGCGGAACCAUUUUGAGCAGCGUGAUCAAGAGUUGCCGGAAUAGGUUCCACAUAUAUAAUAUAUAUGUAUAUAGUUUAAUGAUAGGAAACGAGCAAGAUUAAAAUAGAAAAUAAUAGCAGGAAGCAAGGGCAACCUUAUCAUUUCCAUUUAAAAGCAAUAACACUGAAAAAAUCGACUGAUCCAGGCAAGCAAGCAGUCGGCAGUAAUGCUGUCAGACCAUGGGUUAAGUUAUUUGAUGAAUUGUAUAUGUACAGGUUUUAGCCAGUUAAUGCACAAGGUAUUAUCAAAUAUUUGGGGCUUGUUCUAAGUUGUUUGUGAUCACGGUAGCAUCGUAAAAUAGAUUAGUAUUGUAAAUCCAUUAAGAAAGUUGGUUAAUAAGCUUGUUUGGACGUUUUGCAUGCACAACAAAGCAUUAGAGGUGCCAUCUGUUUUGAGAUAGAAAUGGUGGGCAAGUCAUUUUGCAGUGAGAAAAAAAUAGAUCUGACAGUGAAAUAGGGUAGAAAAAUUGUAAUUAUCCUGACUAAGGUGUGUUGUUGAUUUUUUGCCAGUUAAAUGUCUUCAGGUGUGUGGUAGUGAAAUUUAGUUUGAUAUAUUCAGUGUUAAAACUUCAACUAUUAAGAAAUUGUACUGUAAUUUAUUUUCAAAACAUUUGGAUGAAUAUUCAGUCAAGUUAAUACAAUGUACAUUAACCUAUGUAUAUGAAGUAAAAUUAAGUUAAUUGACGGUUUAAAAUUUCAACAUUUGUCAGAUAAAACUGAUCAUAGGUGAUGUAACUGUAUGAUUUGUGUACUCGAAUGAAAACUCAUCAGAAAUAGAUAUUGGCGUCAGUAUUUAGUCAGCAUGUAACUUAAUGUGUGGGCUAUUAGGUCGGUCAGUUUGUUGUAUUGUAUUGUACACUGUUUGAACAAUGAGCCGUGAGUUAGUGACAUUUCAUUAGGGAUACAGGAACCAAAAUGAUUUAUGCUGUUGGCUGUUAACAUUUAACAUUUUUGGUAAAUGUGAAGGCGACGAUUGUACUAAGAUAUUGUUUAAUGUAAUUUUUGCACUAGAUAUAGAAAUAGGUGUACAGUAUAUAAUACAGUAGAGGUGGGAUAAUUUGAGAAAGUUACUGUCUUUAGUUUCAUGUUUUUACGUUCAUCCCCGUGGGGCUGGCAUUGAACUUAGCAGUUCUGCUGGACGUUGUGUUUAGUACAUACCAGCCCAUUGGGGAUGAAAGCAAAAAUAUGAACAUGACUGUAAAUUUUCUGUUAUCUAGGUGAAUUUCACAAAUGAUCUUGCUUGUACUGCAUUAUAUACGCCCUUUUCUAUAUUCUUUGGUCAAGGAAUUAUGCUACGAUAUCUUUCUGCAGCCAUUUCCUGUACAUUUACGUUUUUAUCGAGUUUUGAGUCGUGUUUGUCGGUAUCAUUGGAAUAAAGGUUAAGUGUUGUUUUUUCUGUUAUUGUUAUUGAGAACAUGAAAGUGCUUUAGCAUGUUAUAUUCAGAUUGUUGGAGUACUAUUUAGGAUUGUAGCUAAUGAUUUCCAUGACCAUAUUCGUGUGAGUGUCAGCAUGAUCUUGUGUGAUGGUUACUCUUCCUUUAGCAGGACACUUUAAUAUCAUUGUACAGAUUCUGGAAACUGUAAAUAUACAUACUGUAGUGAUGUUGACCAAGGGACUGUAUAAUAUUGUAGAAAUUAAAAUAUUUAGUGCAAUGGAAAUUUUUAUUAAAAUUGAUGAAGGAGCAUCAAGAAGUUAAUUUUCA